GGCAAGCAUGAGGCGGCUCUAGGGGCUGGACUGGAGUCUACAGCUGGGCGGAGGGCUCCACCCAGCUGAGGUUCAACGUUGAACUCUGCGAGGUAGAGUCCUGUGGAAGAACUGGACUGACGGCGAUGUGGGUCAGGACGACACUAACGAUUAAAAGAUGGACUGAGGAAAAGAGCGGCUACAGAACUGAAAUUUGGGACGAGAGCGAGAUCACAGAUAUAAGCAGGUUGCCCAGCUGGAAGAGAGGAGGAAGUAUGGAGUCCAUCAGCGAUGUGUCUUCCUUCUCUGAAGGUGAGUGCAAGGAGACUGACAGAUGGUGCUGGGCACACCAGCAGUGUGCUGGGCAUAUCAUCCAUCCCUUCUCGGACUGUGGCCAUCACAACCUGCACAUGUAUGCUGCCAACCACUGCGACUGUGAAUCUAGGCUGAAGAACUGCUCAGAGAAGACAAAUAGUAGCAACUCCCAAGAUGUAGGCCCAACCUGCUCCAGAGGGGGCUCAGCCUGCUUCAACAUCAUCCAUGCCCCUUGCUUUGAACUCAUCCCAGAGGACGAGUGUGUGGAGCAGAUCUGGUAUAGCUGGUACAAAAGCUACAGGCCCAUCUCUGUGGCCAUCAUCCAUCAUCCCAUGCACCACAAGUGUUGGACAGAUGACCUAAAUGAGGAUGAGGGUGAUGAUGAGCAAGAGAGCCCGUCUCCCAUUCCAACUCAGCGGAGUCCCCCUGCCAUCCCUACUGAGCCAGACACUGAGUCAGCACCCAUCACCAUCUGGCGUUCUGAGAGCCCCGUAGACAAGAGUCAAGAGGACAAGGCCACCAAGAUAAAGAAGAAAAAGGAGGAGAAAGAGAAAGACGAGGAUGAGGUGGUGGAUGAAAAGGCAAAGGUGAAGAAAAAAGCCAAGCACUGCGGCAAGCUAACGAAGAAGAAAAGCCCAGUGAAGUCAGAGGCUUCCCCUCCAGACGUAAGCCGGUCACUGAGCCCAAGAGAACUAGUCAGGACAUCAGGGUCCAGCCCAGAAAGCCGGGAAGAGCUGGAGAGUGAAGGCAGUUACGCACGGGGCAAAGAGAGGCCCUCCAGUGGACAGAUUGUAGAGUCAUCAUCACCCAGGAAGAGAGAGAAGAGCACUGCCCAGGCCAAAAAGAAUGGGAUAAAGACCUUACAAACACGGAAAACGACCAAGAGAAAAUGUCCCCCAGUGCCCAACCCCAAUCUCAGUUGAGGCCUGGGCAACCAGAGUAAAUAAAUCAAGCCUGUAACUGACCCCUACUGCUAUUCUCUCUCCCUCCAACAGGGCCUCCUCUUGGGGGAGGUGGCUAGCUCUGGGCCUGCUACAGCCAAGG